AUGACUAGUUCAUCAUUCUCAAAUAAUAAUGAGGUUCAACCUGACUCAACUCCAAAGCAUGAGCUUACAUAUAUAAACCCGUGCACCGUAUAUGAUUACCCGUCCAGUCCAAUAGAUCAGCCCCAACCUAGCCCUCUAAAGUCAUCCCCAAGAAAUGUCCUCGAUGAUCUUCAUCAAAUCCAACAAGACAGAUCAAAUAGGCGGCUAAAUCCUUUAUCAUCAUCUCCUACUAGAGAGAAAUACACUGGUGACACGGCACGAUGCCUGGUUGUACGAGCACGUGUUACUUCUUUAAAUCGUACUCAAUGUUUCAAUAAUCGUAAUAAGCAUAACAAGAUGCGUGAAGUACGAGAUCAAAAUCGUCAAGAUAAGGUAUUGACUAAAAGGGAGAAGUCAUUCUCUGAUCAGUGUAAUAAUGAUUGGGCAGAUCACUAUGAACAUGAAUUCGAUGAUAUAAUGGGAGGUGUGGAUGUUGACCAAUUAAUAGAAGAAGAGCAAGACGCCAGUGCAGACUAUUUGGCAGAUCAGUUGGAAAAAGAAUUGGAUGAACUAGAGUUGGAAGAGGAGCUAGAAAUGAUCGAGUUGAUGCUGAAAUUGGAAUUGGAAAACAAACUGGAGUAG